AUGACUAGUUCACCCGCUAUCGACGUCGCCAUCACUUCUUCGCCCGACGUUUUCGAUAUCGACGGACAUACAGAUCUGAGCAUCCGCCUCAGUCUCACGCUUCGUCACGACAAACCGAUUACAUUGUACAAACGUGACACGAGCCUCUUCGACGGCAAGAUUCUCCAUGAUGGCGGGCUCACGUUCACCGAUGUCGAGACUGGCCAACUCGUGCCACGGAAACAACAUGUCAUUCACACCGGCUUUACACCUCUAAGUACAAGCGGACGGGAGAAAACGGAUCCAAGAGAAUCGUGGGUGAGGUCGUUGAAGUUCGCCAGCUUCAAAGAUGGGCAAACAUAUAGGAUGGGCAUCAGUGAGAACGCUCUUGUCAAGGACUGGUUCGAUGGAACAGUCUGGAAGCUACUAGGAUGGCAGAUGCUGGGUUGGACGCCGACGACAGUCCACACGCACAUCAGCUAUAGGGUUGUUGAGUCAUCGGUUGUCACGAUCAAGCGACUCAAGGCUGAUGAUGAUAUCCGCCUCGAGGACGUACUCUCUGUGAAACCGACUGAUUGA